UACAUCUUGGAUGCCCUUGAGCACGUUUUAGCUUUAGGUCACAUCUUGAAAAUGGCGGAAAGGAUUGAAGGUCUGAAUUUGGUGUUACUGGGAAAAAUAGGAGCUGGGAAAAGUGCAUCAGGAAACACAAUACUGGGAAGAAAAGCUUUUGAAUCAAAGGAAAGUUUCUCUUCUGUCACACAAGAUGUUGCCGUCGAAUAUGGGUGGGUCUGUGGACGACGGGUCACUGUUUAUGACACACCAGGAUUGUUCAACACAAAGCUCAGUGAACAGGAGAUUCAGCAGAUGAUAAAUGUAAAUGUUCUUCAGAGAUGUGAAUCAGGUCUCUGUGUGUUUCUGCUGGUCAUCAAAGCUGACAGAUUCACUGGAAAAGAGAGAGAAGCUGUGGAGAAGAUUGAGGAGCUGUUAGGAGAAGAGCGCUUGAAGAAAACCUGGAUUCUCUUCACUGGCAGAGAUGAACUAGAGGAAGAAAACAAGUCAAUCGAUGAAUUCGUUAAUGAGACUAAACCACUGAAGAGACUCAUCGAGAAAUAUAAUCAGAGAUAUCAUGUGUUCAACAACAAGAAGCGAGAACCUAAUGGACAAGUUCAAGAGCUGCUUACAAAAAUAUAUGCGACAUACCCUGACACAAUAGAUAAAAAGUUCCUGAGGUCGUUUUUUGGACUUGAUGAACCAUACACUUCCAGGCAGAUUGUUCUUCUGGGUAAAACUGGUGUUGGGAAAAGUGCAUCUGGAAACACAAUACUGGGAAAGAGAGAGUUCAGAUCUGAGAGGAGUAUGAGAUCAGUAACCCGUGAAUGUUCAGUUGCUCACGCCACUGUUUCAGGCAGAUCUGUGUCUGUAGUUGAUACUCCUACAUUCUUUGACACAGAGAUGAUGCCUGAAGAGUUAAUGACAGAGAUAGCGAAAAGUGUUUAUAUAUCCAGACCUGGACCGCACGCAUUUCUCAUUGUGUUUCCCGUGAAUAUGAGAUUCACUGAACAUGAGCAGCAGAUUCCUCAGCAGAUUGAGAUGUUGUUUGGAGAUGAAGUGUUAAAAUACUCCAUCAUUCUCUUCACUCAUGGAGAUCUGCUGAGAGGAAAGCCCAUGGAGAAACUCAUUGAGGAGAACAGUAGAUUAAGAGAUCUAGUCGAUCAGUGUGGAGGCAGAUUUCAUAUCUUCAACAAUAGAGAUCUGAAUAACAGAAAGCAGGUGAAGGAUCUACUGAAGAAGAUUGACACAAUGAUAGAGCAGAAUGGAGGAGGACACUACAGUAAUCAGAUGUAUGAGGAUGCACAGAGACUCAGACAGAGAGAAGAAGAGCAGAGACAGAGAGAGGAAGAAGAGCAGAGACAGAGAGAGGAAGAAGAGCAGAGACAGAGAGAGGAAGAAGAGCAGAGACAGAGAGAGGGAGAAGAGCAGAGACAGAGAGAGGAAGAAGAGCAGAGACAGAGAGAGGGAGAAGAGCAGAGACAGAGAGAGGAAGAGGAAAGAAAAUGGAGAGAGGAAGAGCAGAGAAAACAACAGGAGAAGAAACUAAGGCAAGAGGAGAUUGAGAGAGUGAGAAAAGAGACAGAAGAUAGAAUCAGAGCAGAGUUUGAAGUGAAAAGAAAAAUGUAA